CCCGGCUCCGCAUUCAUUGUCACGGUAUUGUCUGAGCUCAUGACAUAAAACGACGCACACUACACUCUUAAGGCUAGAAUGCCAAGGGAAAAGAGCUUAGAACCAGUCCCAAGCUCUCAACUCCACGCUGAGCAAUGGUCUUGCGGAGAUGACUUUGUCCGUUAUCCUCAUCCCCAUGGGGUGAUGAUGGCGCGGUCUGGGGAAGAGGAACCCUCGACAUACGGUUCCGUAUCAUUGGGACAAGAACCGUAGAAGCAUAAAAGGGCAUCCGUUUAACAGCCGAGAACAUAUCUAUCCUAUCGUUCUUCCAAGUUCUAAGAUCUGAAAGAUUGAAGCGAACUCUAUCGAUUCUUUCCUAAACCCCAACGUGACGCCAUGUCCGACCUUCAAUCUAUCAUGCCUGAGAAGGCCAAGGUAGCCAGUGAACCGACAAGUCAACAGAUCGAGUCAAUCUACGAGAAAAGCGAUGCCGAAGCCACUCCUGGAGCUGAUUAUGCUGGAGCCACAACGAAAACAGAUCCCAAGGAAAUUGCGCUUGUCAAAAAGCUCGACUACAGGAUCAUGCCAAUCUUAUGGGCCAUGUAUUUCAUGAACUACCUGGACAGGAACGCGAUUGCGAAUGCUCGUCUCAAUAACCUCGAGAAUGACUUGGGACUUGUCGGCUCUCAGUACAAUACCUGCAUAUCUAUCCUUUUCGUUGGUUAUCUGCUCAUGCAGAUUCCCUCAAAUAUGUUAAUGUCAUCGGGAAAGAUUCGACCAUCUUGGUACAUGUGUGCAUGCAUGGGUGCUUGGGCCACUGUAUCAGCGCUCACGGCUAUAGUCCACAAUUAUACUGGACUCGUUGUUGUGCGCUUCUUCUUGGGCGUUGCCGAAGCACCUUUCUAUCCCGGCGCGCUCUAUUUGCUAUCCAUCUUUUACACCAGAAAGGAGAUCGCUACCCGCAUUUCCAUCUUAUACUCUGGCAAUAUCUUUGCUACUGCAUUUGCCGGCCUUAUCGCAGCUGCCACGUUUUCGACGUUGGAUGGCGCCCAUGGUCUUGCCGGUUGGAAGUGGCUUUUCAUCAUUGAAGGCGUUGUUACUUUUGGUGUCGCUGGGCUUGGCAUCAUCAUGCUUCCUGACUCACCUCUUACCACUUCAUGGCUAACACCUGAGGAGCGGCAACUAGCUCAUGAUCGUAUGGCCCGUGACACUGUCGGAGGCGAGGGCAGUAAGGGAACCCGAGCUGGUUUCAUACAGGCAAUCAAGGACCCAAAGCUGUAUUUGUUUUGCUUUAUGCAGAACAUGCAUCUAUCGGCUUGUUCCUUCAACAACUUCUUUCCCACGGUGAUUGGUAGCCUGGGUUUCAAUAGUACAAUAACCCUCGUCCUUACCUGUCCUCCAUAUCUAGUAUCUGGUUUUGUGGGGUAUUUCGUCGGUCUCACAUCCGGACGCUACAACGAGCGCACGUGGCAUAUUACUCUCAGCAUGGGCGCGGCUCUGGUCGGAUUCAUCAUUUCAUGCGCCACGCUCAAUACUGCUGCACGAUAUAUCGCCUGUUUUCUUUUCGCGAGUGGAGCCUACGCUGUGAACUCUGUCAUUCUCGGAUGGGUAUCGGCAACUCUGGGACAAACCCAAGAAAAGAAGGCUGUCAGCCUCUCCAUCGUUAAUGUCCUAGCCAACGCCUCCUACAUAUACACGGCCUACCUGUAUCCGAAGAGCGAUGGUCCGCGCUAUCUGAUAGCCAUGUCCAGCAAUUGCGCUUUUGCAUUUUUGACCAUCGUGUCUGCAUGGGUCCUGCGGGUCUGGUUGAUGCGCAUCAACAAGCGUUCUGCCAGGGACGGUGGCCUGCAGUUUGCAUAUUAAUGGAAUUAGGCAACCUUUAGUCUUCACCGCCAAACAGAAUAUUUGAGGCAUUUGCUAGUAUUUCAGAUCCAUGACAAGUUUUUGGUAUCCAAAGAUAUGAAGCCAGAGUGUGUCAUAGUACAUGGAUCCGGAACACUUCCGACGGCCUGGACACAUUUCGAGCAGAUCGUACGACAGUCAAUGUACCCUACGUCAUAUAGGCUGUAAUUAUAUAGACGCUAUGAAUUGUCGUGCUUGCAAAUCCAGCGGCGGAGAAAUUAUUAGCGAAAUGAGUAUGAUUGCCAUGUGCCACUCCCAAUCUGUCAAGCGAGGAGGGGUUGGAGAAGUUCGGGGUACAUUUGCCCCGGCGUUGUUUCCCCAGGUUCUCUGAAGCUUGGUUGUGGGGGACAUGCUGAUCAACGCUUAUAGUCGAUAGAAAAGUCAAUUGAAUGUUUGAGUAGCGAGGA